AUGGUGCUACCGAAAUUUUAUAAUAAAAGACUCAAGAAUUUAUUCAUUGGUUUAAUCCUUUUAACUACUUUAUUCAUUUCAUUUAAUUUCCAAAUAUUUGACUUUUCAUUAUCAUUCCCGGUUAAUACUAAAGCCAUUCAAACUUUAUUAGAAACUCAAGCUUUAAAACAACAACGUGAUUCCGAUUUCAAUCCUCGUUCUCCUUUAUUUGCAUUAUAUUCUUAUUUAAACAAUCAGCCAAAUCCUAAAAAUAUCGGUAAUUCAGAUGGGAUUUUCUUUCAUUGGGAUGAUUGGACUGAUUUAUCUCCAGGUAACAAAAUCUUAAAUCCUUAUAGACAUCAAGAACCAAGUGGUAAAUGUGAUUCAAUCAUUGAACAAUUUGCUAGUGUUGAUGGUUACUGGAUUGAAAGUUAUGAUAAAAAAGUUUUAAGAAGUACCACUAAUCUCUAUUGUUUAAAAGAGAUUCCUCAAAAUAUUUAUCUUAUGAAUGACGAUUCUAUGACUACUAUUCCAGUUAUUGGAAAGAAAAGAUUAGAUUAUACUAUAAUCGGAGGUGAUCACGUUAAUAAUAUUGAUCUCUCCAAACAAAAGUUAAUUUCAGAAAUGAUUAAAUAUGAAAAGCUUCCUGAAAAGAAAUUUGAAAUUACCCCAUACAAAAAAUCAUUUGCUGAUGAAAUUGACAUUGAUGUCGAAGAUUUCAUAUUCAAUCCAGAUUUAGAAAUCUUCAAAUUACAAAAUAAAUUAAAUGAUAAAUCCAUUAGUGAAAAAGAAUUAAAUUAUUUACAAUUUUUAAAAUACUCCAAUAAUUAUGCCGCUGAUAAUUCAGGUCGUUAUUUCAAAUAUCCUUGGAUCAUAACUGAUAUUGUAACAGGUAGAUCCCAUCAUUUAGCAUACCCAUUCUUUAAAAGAUUCAUUGGAGAUAGAGAACGUCAAAGUAUCGUCCACCAUAUUAUUAGAGUUUGGUUUGAAUUUGCCAAAACUAAUGAUUUUGUAUCUUGGAUUAAUUACGGAAAUUUAUUAGGAUGGGAAUACAAUGGUGUUAACAUGCCUUGGGAUACAGAUGUUGAUAUUCAAAUGCCUAUUGUUCAAUUAGAUAGAUUAGCCAGAGAAUUCAAUCAAUCUUUAAUCAUUGAAAAUCCAAGAUACGGUAACGGAAAAUAUUUAUUAGAAGUUAGUCCAACAUAUAUUAAACAAGGUAAUGGUAAAAAUUUCAUCGAUGCAAGAUUUAUUGAUAUUAAUAGUGGUAUCUACAUUGAUCUUACUGCUUUAAGUCAUUCAAACUUCAAACCUCCUAGUGAUAUCUAUGAUAAAAUCGAAGGUUCAAGUGAUUUAACCACUAUGUUUGUUCACUGUAAAAAUUGGAACUGGCAUACCAUUGAUGAAUUAUUACCUUUACAACAAUCAUAUUUCGAAGGCUCACCAGUUCUUAUUCCUCAUAACGUUACUCAAAUUCUUUCCAGAAAAUACGGUAAGGAAUCAAUCUCAUCAAAAUUACAUUUCCAAAAUCAUAACUAUCAAACUGAUAUUCAAAUGUGGGUUCCUGAUAGUAUCUGUAAGAAUGCUCCUUCUUUGGAUCAUCUGAGAUUUGAUAAAUUCAACAACAGUUUAACCUUCGAAGGGGCUUGUAAGAGUGAUAUUUUACAAGAUGAAUAUAAUAUCUUACUGGAAUGUAUCCAUCGUGAUCAACUUUUAAAGAGUAAGGAAGUUGAAUUUGAUGAAUUAAAGGAAUUACCAUUGUUUAGAAAAGAUCCAUGGGACUAUUUCAAUGAUAUCAAUAAUAGAUUAGUCGAUAACGAAAGAUGGUACGUAAAUCAAGAAAUUGUCUAA